UGGAAUUGACCAACAAAGAGCACUGAUCGUGAGAUAAGAUGUAGAUAGGCUGUAAUUACCUGGUAUCCUACAAGUUGUGUACUCUGAUGUUUCAAUAGAUAACACGUAACUGUGUUACACUGUGUUACAUCAGUUACAAAAUCAAAAUGAAGAACGUCCUGAUAGCCAUGGAUGACAGCAAAGAGUCUGUAUUCGCUUUUAAGCAAUAUGUGGAGAAAAUACACACUACUAACAAUUAUAUAAUAGCUGCCUACUGCGCUGAAUACAUUGAAGCUGACAUGGGCGUUCUAUCAAUUACACAAGUUGGAUUCGACGUCAUCGAGGGAUUGAUAACGGAAGAUGAGAAGCGGAUUUUGUCUGUACUGGACAAUAUAGAGACUCUCCUUAUGUCCCACCAGGUGGAAGGGGAAGUAAUUCGACUAGAGGGGAAUCCUGGAAACGCCAUCAUUACCAAAGCCAGUGAGGUCAACGCAACAUUGAUCGUUAUGGGAUCACGUGGGCUGGGUAAAAUCAGACGAACAUUUCUUGGCAGUGUCAGUGAUUUUGUAAUCCAUCAUUCCCCCGUGCCAGUGGCGAUUUGUAGAUAACAAAGAACAGAGAAUUUACUCAGUGAAUUAUAUAUAUAUCGGUUUGUGAAUUUGUGCCAACCCAUUUAUAAUAUUUGUGUUUAUAUUUGUGUUUAUGGCGCAUAUAUUACAAUUUAGGUACAUUGUAUAGAAAAACAUUCUUACUUAUUAGAUAGAAACACGAAGAUUCAGUAAAAACAAAUUUCUCCAGGA